AAGAAAACUGCCUUCUUACCUGUGGACUGUUUAAAAAGCCGAUGGGUGAGGAGUUAUUUUGGCCUCAAACGUCUGCUCGAUAUCACGCUAGGAAAGGUUAGGCGCAGCUUCUCGGGCUUAAUAAACUAUCAAGAGUUACCAAGAUUUCUACGAUUUGGAGGUAACAGUAGAUAUCUUUGACUCAAAGGCAAGUUAAUGUGCAUAACCUAUGCUACAUCAGAUCAGAGGGAAGCAGAAACGUCAUAUUUAAGUUACAACGAAUGUGAACCCACUGAGCUCAAACAAGGAAGUGAACUGUAUUUGUCGUAGUUUACGCUUCCAAUAUGAGCAUACCAUGGCUAAACAAGAAAGAAUCGUGCAAAUCUUUUAAGGCUGAACCUGCUUACUAGAUCGCAAUACUGAAUGGUUAGGUUUGUUGCGAUGAGCGUUUCUAGUUCCUGACCACAGAACUGCGACGGUCUUGUCGUAUUGAGUUUAUAUAUGGUUAAAGGCCAAACUCUAUACUAGAAACUAGUAGAUCGUAGACAACCGGCCUCAAAUGAUUUGACAUAGAGAAUUUACGCUACAAUCAAUUUUCUAUGUUUCGUAGUGUUUUAGUGAGUUACUAUUUCAUUUUUAAAAAAUCUGAAAAACUUAUUAACAUCUGGGAUUUAAGAAUGAGUAAGCAAUAUUUUUAUCAAGGCCGAGCAGGCUUUCUUAAACAAAGUUUAAGUGGUGUGCGCUGGUAACAUAUUUCGUAUAGCUCUGUCGCGACGUUGCCAACAUGCAUGAGUAAAUUGAUGCGCGACAACUAGCGACUAUUACAUGUUUUGUCCGGAAAAAAUUAGUCCCUUAACAAAACACCUUUCUGAUGCUGGUCUUUCCUAAAUCAACCCUAGAUUAAAAAAUUCAGUAUUCCCCUUCAGAAAGAUUUCCUUUUCAGCUUUGGUUAACGUGGCCUGCUGCUGUCGUAUUUUAGUAAAAUUCAGCUAGGGGUCUGUUAUCAAUGCUGCGUUCUGGUUGGUUGAGCUACUACUAGGCUAUAUGUUAAAGCCCACUAGUAGCGAAAAGCGCCGGCUUUUUGGCGGCAAAAAAGGAUUUAAAUCUAGCUUUAACUAGCUAAUUUUUUUUAUUCUCUAUAUUUUUGACCAACUAAUUGGAUUUUACUAAAACAAUUAUUCUUCUCGCCCGGUGGCCUCUGAGUCAAUAGCCCAUUCGGCCUUUGGCCUCAUGGGCUAUUGACUCGGAGCCCAUUCAGGCUCGAGGAAUAAUUGUUAAAUACUAUGAGCAUAGUCAUUUUUGCAUAACCCCCUCUUUAACUUGAACGUAAUUGGAGGUUUCUAUUUGAGAAUUUGCGGCCACGCGUUUUUUUAUUACACCAUUUCAAUUCUUUAAAUUAUUAAAACAUCAAAAAUUAAGUACCUUGUUAACACACCUAACAGGCCAGUUUCAAGUUAUUAAAAUGGAAUUGUUAAAAUUUUAAUAUUUUUCUAAUUAUUAAAAUCACAUUAAGAUUCAGGGAUGAACAAUUAAUUUCUUUUGUGUUUUUUUUCCUCAUCAGCCCUGGAGCCCAGUAUGAAUUUUGAUAAUUCGAAACUAGCUAGUUAGCUGCCCCACGUACUCUUAUUACAUAUAUUAAGACCUAUUAAGUCUAAGCACCCAAAAUGCGAACUCUCUCCUCCGCAUAGCUUCCCGCUGGGUUUCCCAAUAAAAAUAGCAAUAAUCGAAAAAUAGAAAGCGCUUGCCCUAACCCUAAGCCUCUCUUCCCUAUUUACCGUUCCCAUCGUGGCCCGCGCGCUCUCUCUUUCUUUCUCCCCAGCCUCGCUCCCUACAACACAUAAGAGGCCUCUGUGGAGGAGAGAGAAAUGCUGUCGCCCACGGUCAUGAUUUUCCUAAAUUUUCCAUAAGUCUGUUUUAAACCUGAUUUCAAGUUUCCAUAAAAUUUCCGUGACAACAACUUCUAAUUUACGUAAAAAUGAAAUGAUCAGCAUGUCACGAACGUGGGGCAAAGAAAAAAUCUGAGUCCUCGUUAGGAUUCGAACCUAUGUCCUCCCAAACACCCGGCGGGUGCUCUAUCCUCUGCGCUACGGAGAACUCGUGGAAAGCAAGGUCAUAUAAUAGGUUCGUAUUUGACACGCGUCCUGCAUACUGCUAUCAGCAAUGUCGAGAUCGCACUGUAUGUGUAUGAUGAACGAAUGAAAGAUGGUGGAUUUAAGGCUCGGUGAAAUAAAUGUGAAGAUGAAAUAAUCAGCAUGUCACGAGCGUGGGGCAAAGAAAAAAUCUGAGUCUUCCCCGACAGGAUUCGAAACUAUGACCUCCCAAAUACCGGGCGGGCGCUCUAUCCACUUGAGCUACGAAGAACUCAAGGAGAGCGAGGCCAAUUAUACUAGGCUCAUAUUUGACACGCGUCCUGCAUACUGCAAAACUUCUAAUUUAGUUACAGCUCAAAUAUUGGAACUAUAUCUUCAAUGAAUUCUAAUUUGUCUAUUUUAUUGAAUUGUUCUCUACUCAGGUAUGGAUAAAAUGCAAUGGGCUCGUGGUUUGUUCCCAUUCCUAAGUAAGUCAUGAGCAGUCGGUGGUAAAAUGCUGAGAGUUCAGGGACACCCAACGACGGUUUCCUCCUAAAAACAUUUAAAACACUUUUUAGGCUAUCCAGAGUACUUUAAGAACUCUUUAGAAAUGCAUUCUGAGAGACGCAAUAAAAAUUGUAUCUACUUGGUCAUUCUAAGGCAAUUUGAGUCUUCUCGAAAUUACAAGAACUUUAGGGUUCAGUUUCCAGAAAAUUUUAGAUGCAGUUUAAAGUUUUACCAAAGUGAGACUUUUACGGUUUCUUCUCUCCAUCACAUUUUCGAAUCCGAAAAUUUUAGGUUUCCUUUUCCCACGAAAAAUAACAACCUGGGGAGUUGAAUGCGAAAAAUUAAUUUCAGAAAAUCGUCGGGGAUUUACUAGACUACUAUUUACUAGCGUCGAAAGUUGUACGUUAACGGAACGGUCAUCUAGAUAUUUUUAGUCGUCUUCAAGAAAAGUCCAGACAAUUUUUGCUUCUCCAAACAUGUCGUUUGGGUGCCCUAAGACAAGACAAGACAAGAAAGACAAGACUAAUCAAAAGAAUUGACGACAACGUAGAGUUACCGAAAGCUAGUACCGUAGUAACCUUCUUUCGUUUAUAGGGUCUAAUAACAGUUGUAAAGAUAGGGAAUUAAAAUUCAGUCUCAAUUCUUUGUUUAUUCCAACUCGCAUAGAGACUUUUUAUUCAUUUUUAAGUGUGCCCCCAUCCUUUAUCUGAAGGUCUGGGUCCGCCACUGCACCCACAUACAAACAGUAUCAAAAAUUACGUGUAUUGUCUUUGAUAACAGCUACCUUUGUGUUGAUGACAUCUGCCUCAGUGUUAUCAUCAGAUCAUACAAACAGCAAGUCGAGGGGUCUUUUGGAUGCAGCAGUGAAUUCAAAUGAGGUAAGCCAAAAUACAGCAGCUGUACCUUCAUCGUCUUCUCUGUCGAUGUCAUCCUCAAAAGAUUUUCAUUCAAUUACUUUGGCCAUAAGAAGUUCGCCAUUUGAGGUACUGAGCGCUGGCAUGGCUAACAAGCAAACUAUAACCCCCUUAACGUUGGUCUCGUCUGUGCUGGUGACGUCAUCAGUUCUUGUGUCAACGUCAGUUGUUCUUUCAAGCGCUCUAUCCAGAAGUUACCCAUCAUCUGUCGCCACAAUGAGU